AUGCGUCCAAUUCUGCCCGAUCAGUCGAAUGCAGCAUUCCGCUCUGCGCCAAACUUCAGUCCAAUGCUACCUCACCUACGUCAGCCCAACACAUCCUCGCCACUGCAUGGCAAUAAUGCCAAUAAACGCAAUCCUUCAAUCAACAACCCCAACAUGGACAUUGUAAGCGACAUCGGCGACAAUCAAGCCAUCGGCGGUGGCUACGUUGGUGCCAUUCCUGCGAGCUUUGCAACGCAGGUGUUCAAUGCGAAUCAAGCGCGGAAGCAGCGUGAUGAGCGCAAUGAUGAGCAAGACCGGAUCAGCCGACUCAUGAUGUCGCGUUUGACCAACCUAGAAGAGAGCAUGCGAGAAGUCAUUCAUGGUGUACGCGAUAUGGCUCACGGAGGCUCCGCAGCCAGCGGCUCGGCAAGCAGGCAACGCAGUCCUGAACGGAUUGUCAGAGUCGCGAAGCGGGCCACUGGUGCUGGCAACAAUGGGCCUGGCAGAAGUGACAGCUACAAAGACAGACGAAAGAUCGGAAGUCGAGAAGGCGAGAAGGCUAAGGGUGACCAGGAGUCGGUGGCCAGCGCGGAUGUCCUCACACAAAGCGAGCGCGGUGGUGUUGCGAUUGCUGCACGACCUGAUGCAGCUUUGUUGGAUCAAAGGCUGCGCAAUGCGGCUGAGGCAGUGGCUUCCCCUCUGACGGUGAACACAGACAAGGAGAACGUCGACCCCACUGGCGACGGUGCGACCGAACAAGGACCGCAAGACGUUUCUGCGAAGGCGGGUCAGGCUGUUGAAGUCUCCGACUUCGCACCGCAGAGCCCGAAUUCUGUCAGGCAUGUUGGCGACAGUCCUCUUCGUCAGGAAGGUGCCAGUGGCGAUGUAUCUAGCCAGCGAAAUUAG